AGAGGAUAGGAUAGGACGGCCUGCAGCAAAGAGCUAGUGCCACAUCGGGCACCACAUCCUGUCCUGCAACGAAUUCCAGUGCAACGAAAUGCAAAUAAACGAAAGCAUGGCGCCCAAGUAGAACAUUCCACCAGCGCCCGACAGCAAGCCAACAAGCUUCAGCUCCUGCUUCUCUCUAUUCCAAUUUCCACUCCGAACUUGAUAUACGCGACCGCGUUCGACCGACUCGAAUCCGUAAUCCGUAUCCGGGAUGACGGAGCAGAAGAACCAGGUGACGCGCGCUGCUCCGGAGCAGAGCAAUGACUACCGCGUGGUCGUAUUUGGAGCCGGCGGCGUGGGCAAGAGCUCACUGGUGCUGCGCUUCAUAAAGGGCACCUUCCGCGAAAGCUACAUCCCAACCAUCGAGGACACGUAUAGACAGGUCAUCAGCUGCAACAAGAACAUCUGCACGCUGCAAAUCACGGACACCACGGGUUCGCAUCAGUUCCCGGCCAUGCAGAGGCUGUCCAUCUCGAAGGGGCACGCCUUCAUUCUGGUCUACUCGGUGUGCUCCAAGCAGAGUUUGGAGGAGCUGCGACCCAUCUGGGCGCUAAUCAAGGAGCUGAAGGGAGCCGACAUCCCCAACAUACCCGUCAUGUUGGUGGGCAACAAGUGUGAUGAGACCGCCGAGUUGCGAGAGGUCUCCCAAGCGGAGGGUCAGGCCCAGGCGACCACCUGGAGCAUAUCCUUCAUGGAGACGUCGGCCAAGACGAAUCACAAUGUGACCGAGCUGUUCCAGGAGCUGCUCAACAUGGAGAAGACGCGCACCGUCUCCCUGCAACUGGACACCAAGAAGCAGAAGAAGCAGAAAAAGGAGAAGAAGUCCAAGGACACGAACGGCUCGAUACCGGAGAACGGCGAUGCGGGGGCCAGCGCCAGCGGCGGGGUGAAGGAGAAGUGUCGCGUUAUGUAAGCAUCGGAUGGCCAACUGGCCAGAUGGCAUGGGCAUGUGACCCGGGUCACAUUGCGUCGAGCUGAAGUGAACGGAGACGUAGGUGACAGACAAAUACUCGCCUUGGGGCAGCACCCUUGGGUGGGGGG